AUGUCAUCCAACCCCAGCGUGUUCGUUAAAUCGAUCCGAGAGGGAGUUGAGAGGGUCCGAAAUUCAAAGGGAAAGUAUGCCUUCCUGCUGGAGUCUUCGAGCAACAUCUACCUAAAUAAUCGCAAGCCCUGCGACACAAUGAUGGUCGGUGGAACUCUUGACUCAAAAGGCUUUGGGAUUGCAACACCAAAGGGUUCCGCAAUUCGAGAUACUGUCACUCUUGCUGUUCUUGAACUAAAAGAGGAGGGGUCACUUCACAAGCUAUACCAGAAAUGGUGGUACGAGAAAGGCCAAUGUGGAUUUGACUCUGGCAAUGAUUCAAAAAAACGAUCGCUUUCACUAAGUAAUGUAGCUGGUGUUUUUUAUAUCUUAAUCUGUGGCUUGGCAUUGGCCAUAGCACUCGGGAUUGUGGAGUUCGUCUGUAAAUUGAAAUGCCGAGGUUCAAAAGGCGAAUACAUUCCCGGGCGAAAAUCAGGUGAUGCUUCCUCAGGAGAUAAAGACGGGACUGGACAUCUUUGUCCGGAUUACUUACCAGAAAAAGCUGUUUCUACGUUUCUUUAUUUCUUUUUCUUUGUUCUUUAUUUUCUUUAUUUUCUUUUUUCUUUCUUUUCUUUCUUUAUUUUUUCUCUUUUUCUUUCUUACUUCCUUUUCUUUCUUUUCUUUCGUUUUUUUCUUCUUUUUUCUUUAUUUUCUCUUUCUUUUCUUUCUUUAUUUUCUUUUUACUUACUUUCUUUUCUUUAUUGUUUCUUUCUUUUCUUUCUUACUUACUUUUCUUUCUUUAUUCUUCUUUUCUAG